AUGGAUGGCUCCUGCCGCGCCUCCAGCCUCCUCACCUUUGAGCACGCGCUUGGCGUGGCGGCCGCAGCCACGCUAGCUUCCGGGCUGUGGCUGUGGGCUUGGGGCCGGCGCUUGCCGCCCGGUGCGGCGCGCCUGGCGGCUGCGGCCCCAGUCGUCGCCAUCAACCUGCUGCUUCCAGUGCUGUUCUGCCGCUGGGAGCAGUGCACGACGAUACUGCUGCUCAGCUUCAACAACUCCUGGAUAGCAAACUUCAAGGCCCUCUGCUGGGCCGUUGGUCGCGGCGCGCUCUGCAUGCAGCACUUCACCCUCCCUCAGUUCCUGGCCGUCUACUGGACACCCAUCACGCCAGCCGUGUCGGCGCCCCGGCCAGGGACGCCGGCGGCGGCAGCCAAGGCGCGGUCUGUCGCCAAGGCCGCCGCCAACGGCCGCAGCUCAAACAGCAGCAGCGCGGCAGGUGGCGUGCACGCCGGCAAAUCAGACGGCGGCAGCCACGCGGGCACGGGGCUGCCCCGCCGCGGCAGCCAGGGGCGGCUGGGCGAGGACGCGGGCGGGCCAGGCGACAUGGUGGCUGCCUUCCUGGGCAAGCACGUGUUUGUGCUGCUCCUGAUCUACCUCCUGCAGUUUGAUCUGCCGGGCCUGGUGGAGUCGUUCGCCUGGCCCUGUACGCACUGCUGUCUCUCAUCAUGGACGGCCCCGCCGCUCUGGUUCAUCGGCGCCACGGGCCUGCGCGUGUCGCCCCACUUUGACCGCCCCUGGCGCUCCACCUCUGUCGCCUCCUUCUGGUCCAAGCGCUGGGACCUGGCGGCAGGCAACACCCUGCGACAGUUGGUGUACGAGUCGGUGGUGGAUGGCAGCCUGAUGGCACCGCCAGCGGGAGUGCCGCCGGCGCGGCCCAGCCCUGCGCGGCAGGCGCUCGGCACGGCGGCCACCUUUGCAGCCAGUGGGCUGAUUCAUGAAGCCAUUUUCUGGUACAUCACAGGGCGUACGACCAAUGGCAUCUGGUUCGCCUUCUUCUUCAUCCAGGCGCCCCUCAUCUUCGCCGAGCGCCUGGCGCUGUCGGCACUCAAGCGCCGCGGCAUCCUGCUGCCCGACUGGCUGCGUACCGCCAUCACCACGCUGUUGGUGGUGGGCACGGGGCAGUACAUGUUUUGGCUGCCAGCCAAGCGGUACGGGGUGACAGACUGCAUUGUGGGCAACACGCGGCAGGCCUGGCUGGCCAUCCUGCGCCGCGUCGGCAUCUCCCUGCCCAUCUGA